AUGUCCGUCUCCGUCCUCGUUUCCACAUUCGCGCCUUUCCCCACCCUUGCAUUCUCUGCGCCCUCUCACACGUCUUUUGGCGAUCUCUAUCAGGCUCUCGCCGACCGCUACCCCAGCCUUCCUCUCCACUCCGAUGCCGCCGACCUCGUCCUCACCCCCGCCUCCGGCCGCGUUCCCGACGCUCAAGCCCCCCUUUCAAGCCUCCUCGAGGUCGACGCCGACUUGUCGCACAGCCUUGUAUCCCUGCGGCUCGUCCCCCGCCUCCGCGGCGGCAAGGGCGGUUUCGGCUCGCAGCUCCGCGCCGCGGGCGGGCGCAUGAGCAGCCAGAAGACGAGCAACAACGACUCGUGCCGCGACCUCAGCGGGCGCCGGCUCAGCACGAUCAAGGAGGCGAAGAAGCUGGCCGAGUACAUCGAGAGCGAGCCGCUGCGCAAGAAGGCGCAACAGGAGGCGCAGCGCGCAAAACUCGAGGCUCUCGAGAAGAAGCUGGGCAUCACCCCGGGCGAAGCGGGCCCGUCGGACCCGCUCGCGGGCAGGAAGCACCGGCUGGAGGACACGGAGUACAUUGAGCAGAGCAGGGAAAUCGUGGACAAUGUGAAGAGCGCUGUCUCCGUUGCGAUGCUCAAGAAGAAGAAGAAGAAGACGAAGACGGCUCACAACGCCGCUGAGGCGUCUGCUUCCUCCAAGGAUGGACCGUCUGUUGUGACCGCGGCUAAGGAAGUAGUGGAGAAGGUCGUGGACUCGCCGGCCACUGUACCUGUCGUUGCAGCAGCAGCCAUUGCUGUUGGAGUGGCAAGCGCAUGA